UUGAGGGCGCACUCUCCCGCUUCACGUGCUACAUGUGCUAUGCAUGUUGUUGCAUGCAUGUGCACUGUAUGUGAAUUUUUAUAUCGAAUGAUCGAUGAGUUCAAGACGAAAAAAACCUUUAUUUUAUUUCCCGCAAUCCUACUACUGAGCAAUUUGAUCGCUCGUCGAUCAUCUGCUUUGUUCGCUACAACAUGUUGAGUGUUAUAACCCAUCUGAACUCGUUGAAGUUCAUGGCUCCGGCCGUCGUCAUGAUGGGCUCGGCGCCGCCAUAUUUCGUGUUGUUCAGUGGCUGGCGGAUCGUGUCGUGUGUCCUGCCGGAGCGGUGGCACCGGGCGGUCGAUGAUUGUAUCUGGGGGACGUAUCAGCGACUGGUCGAGUUCUUCUUUGAGAGCUACACAGGCACAGAAGUAGUACUGUAUGGUGAUGUGAACACACUGGAUCAGCCGGAGAGUGUGAUUUACAUGUGCAACCAUCAGACGACCAUGGACUGGGUAGUGGCUAACAUGAUAGCCAUCCGUGGCGGUAUGCUGGGACAUAUGCGCUUUAUCCUGAAGGACGGACUGAAAUACAUGCCGCUGUAUGGCUGGGUCUUUGGCCAACAUGGUGGCGUCUAUGUCAAGCGUGCCAAGAAGUUUGACGAGAAGAACGCCGCGCGAUUCCACAAGAAACUAGACGUCUUACGCAAGAAAGACAUUCCAACAUGGAUGGUGAUAUUCCCAGAGGGCACGCGCUACAAUCCAUACAAUCUGGAACUCAUCAAAGCUAGCCAAGCGUUUGCUUUCAAAAAUGGUCUAGCUGUAACGAAUCACGUGCUGUCGCCGAAAAUCAAGGCAGUCAACAUGUGUGUGCAGGGAUUGAGGGGACACACCAGCGCCGUGUACGAUGUCACCAUCGCGUACUCCAACACCGGGGAAGAAUGCAGUUGGAUGGAAACAGUGGAGAGAAGACCGGCACCGGGAAUGCCAGAAUUUCUGCAGUCUCGAUGUCCUCGUAUUCAUGUUCACAUCCGCCGUAUUCCGUUGGAGACAGUUCCGGAAGAUGAGGAGUCCUGCCAUCGAUGGCUGCACGAACUCUUCGAGGAGAAAGACAAUAUGCUGUCAGACUUCUACUCCGACGACCCCGAGAAGCGAGGUCACCUGGAGGGCAAAGGUCAUAGCACCCACCUGAGCCUGGCGUCCACCCUGCCCGCCUUGGCGUUCACCUGUGCCGUCAUGGCACCGCUGGUUGGGACCAGCUACGGGCGACAGCUGUACUGGAAGAUAUGGCUGUUUGGGUCGUUAGCGGGAAUCACAUGGAUGAAACUGUUUACCUGAGCAGCUGUUUUAGACUUUAUCAGAAACUAAUUCCACAGUUGUCUUCUUUAAUAUCAGUUUCAGACUGAUCUAAAGCCCGGCGUACGAGUUCCCGAUUUUACCAGUUUUCCGGAUCACCCCAUCACCAGUACUUUUUUUUUUAACUGUUGUGGUUAGCCCGCAACGGUACCUACGCAAAUGCCCUGUUCCGUCCUGUAAUCGGUCACAUGAUGAUCAGUCACAUGAUGAUCAGUCACAUGAUGACCAGUCACAUGAUGACAACCAUGUGUCUUCCUUCGUUAAUCCAAUUAGUUAACAUAAAUAUUGCGUCCAGUGAAAUCGGAUCUGGCGAAAUCGGAUGCAACAAAAAUCAAACAUGCUGUCAUGUCCGUGCAACUAGGUCGUAUCUCCUAACAUGGGCCGUACAUGAAAUGCGAGUUUCAGAAUUUCAAAAGGUCGUAUCUCACUUAAAAUAACCCGUCUGGAUGUACACACAAAGUCAAUGGACGUCGAGACACGACCUUGUUGCACGGAGCAUUUUCGC